AUGAUGCAGAACUUCCAGCCUCUUCAUGAAGUCGGUAUCGAUACGAAAAGCUUCGAAGAAUUCAGCCAGCUUGAGAAUGCAGUCACAAAAUGCACGGAGUUGAUGCUUUACGAGUUGAACUAUGGUGAAGACGAUUUAUUGAACUGUUUGGUCUUUAGUAAACAGCCUGCGAUGUGUCCUGUUUCCCCGGAUCCGAUUACUCGACGAGAGCGACAGAUACAGACGUCACCACCGACAGUUGGAGCACGUCCACCGUCUCGUCCUGCUCGAACAGUGACUCCGGAUGCCCAGGCUCUUCCUGGCCGCCCUGUGACUCCGUUAGCCCAGCCCUCAACUGCAAGCACUUCUCAGGAUACAUCUGAAGAUAUAGAUGCAAUCGAUGGAUAUUCGCUUGUCUCAGAUGAUGAGCUUCAGGUAAUUCAAGUUCAAGUUAUUGAAUACGACAAGUCUUCAAGUAAAUUUGUCCACCAGCUGAUCCAUAAAUUUUCAAAACUUAGAUAUAACUUCAAAACUGUAAUAGAUCUGUAA